UUGCAUGUGUCUGCUUUCGACACUUACUACUACUAACCAAAGACCGUUUUACUCUUAUGUUGAGGUGAAGAAUUUCGAAUGAUAACUGUUGAAUCAAUGGAUUUAUCUGAAAUAAUGUCCGACCAUGUACUGCGGUGUUUGUUCGAAAGAAUCGGAUCAUAAAUGCUCGGCCGUUUGCGGAUACGAGAGACUUUUGACACGGUUACAGUAGCGGCUAAACGUACGUUUCUCCCCCGCUCGUGCCCGGGACCGUGUUGAGGAGUCGUCCGGUGGAGCAUUGCCAACAUGUCGCUCCGAACGCGAAUGAACGGUUUCACAGCCUGGGUUAAUCUCAGGCUCAAUAAGUAUGACAUGCUGCUGAAAAACGUCCUCAUGGAUCUGUUAGGCGGAACAAAUAUGAAGAUGCUUUUACAAAGUAUGACUGGAAUUGAUAACAAGAAACUUCAGAGCUUUGAUGGUCUCACACAUCAACAGAAAGCUACAAGAAUGGAAUGGAUCGUCAAAGAACUCAAAGAAAAUGAAGUUAUCCCAGGUGAUAUCUUCGUAGACUUCAGACUCUUUGCCAUGAGGCAUGCUGAACAUGUGUUUGAUCUUCUGUGGAGACUUGUGAGUCAUGAUAUCUGGUUUACCUGGGACAGGUUGGAGUACCUCACUACUAACGAUGAUAGGAUUCUGUGUGAGGUACCGUUUGAGUGGACGCCAAAACCUCCGCCUGAGAAGAAGAAGAAAAAGAAGGUCUCGUACCAAAAAUCUUUCCUAUCUGGUUUUGGUGGCGCUUCCUUGAUCGCAGACUCCCUUCCAGACAGUCCGAACCCGUUUGAAACCCCUCCCGAAUCCCUCCCCUCCUCGCCUGCACCCUCCACCCCGCCCCUGCCUACCCCUCCCCCUCCUCCCUACACCCCAAACUCUGCAGGAUCGCUCAGAUCACAGGGGGAACCGGAGAGCCCGCCCCCGCCCGAGCCGAAACACAUCCGAUUCCCCGGAGAGGAUUUCUGCAAGAAGUUCAAGAAGAAAUCCCAUCACCGGCCCGACCCCGAGGAGUGCAUCCUGGAGAUGGUUACUACCAUGCUGAAUAGUACGAGAGAGGGCAGAAAGCUGAAUGUGGAGGGCCUGGAUGAUCUAGUCGAUAGUCGAGUCCUGUGUGAGUUGGUCAACUCCUUCAUCCCUGGAACGUUCACCACCGAGGUUCUUCUCAACGAUCGCUGGAGUAUCAACCUUGCCCUCAAGACAUUUGAGAAGAUGAUUCGCAUUAAUACCCCGAUAGAUUCCUCAGAUCUUUUAGAGGCUGAUCCCAUGGCUGUGUGCUGUGCUAUGUGUGUUUACUUCAUGUGUGGAUUCAAGAUCAGACAGGCCAAAGCCGUCAUUAACAGACUGAUUGAGUUGGAACAUCAAACGAGGGCAGCACAACACGAUCUUGACAAUCUUCCAGAGGUUCUUGAAGACGUUGAGCUGAUCAAGAAACGCAAGAUGCUGAAGGAAACUCUAGAAGAUUGCAACCAAGAGAGAGUGUUAAUAGAGAGUAAGUUUGAUGUUGGAGCAUGUAGGCAGUGGUGGAAACACAUAGAGACUAUUCAAACAGAGACUCGGGAAGCUAUCUCCAAGAAGAUGACGGACCGAUUUGAUCAAAUGACCGUCCCGAGAGCGGUCAGUAUGAAUGACCUCUGCAUCUCUCUGGCCAUCAAUCUGACCCUCACUCAAGGGUCAGGCUUCUACCUCUGCAAGGCCAGAGAAACUGUCACCACUGACCGUCGGAUCGUUCUCAAGGACGCUGAGACCGGUGACUUCAUUGAUGACUUUACCCAUGGCAAGGGGCCAAGUAGAAUCAAUAUUCGCAAGAUUUUAGGAGUCUCCCUUUACGAGCCCUUUGACCUGGUUCCUUCCAAUUACCCCCAAUAUGAGAUCUAUGUUGAGAGUCCUUCAAAGAAUAAACUACUCAAGGCAGGGAGUAUAUUUCUGUACCAAGUGUUUCCUGGGAACUACACGCAAUGGGAGAAUCUCUUCUUCAAAGCAUGUAAAGUAGGAGAGUACGAUACUGUCUACAAACUCAUCGUCUUCUUUCAAGAGAAGCGACCGAGUUUCAUCAACGCGCGCGAGAAAAAGACCGGCAAUAUGGGCCUCCACAUGGCUGCAAGGAAUGGUCAUUAUGAUAUUGCAUUGUUUCUGCUUGAGAAUGGAGCCAAACUUGAUGCUAAGAAUGUCAGCGGCGCUUCCCCGUUCUUCGGUGCAGUAGAGGGAUUACACAAAGGGAUCAGUCAGAUGUUUCGGAUAAGCGAUGGUGCCGGGAAAACCUCUUUUGCACAAGAAGGCAAGGGAGCCCAUGGUAAUACUGCUCAGCUUCUGCUAGAGUGGGGAGCUAAUAUAUGGAUGAAGAAUAAAUUGGGAAAGACAGCAUUUGAUAUCUCUAAGAAUGAUGAACAGAGAACAGAGUUAGUAGGUUAUUACGAUCAUCUUCAGAACUGUAUUCCCCGAUUGAUGAGAGGUGAUAUCGCCCUCUUGAGACGACUUGUAGAGGAUCAUUUCGCAGGAGUACGCAAGUUUGCUAGUUUACGAAGCAGAUGCAUCAAUGGUAGCACAUUGAUCCACACAGCUGCCUACUUUGGUGUUGUUCCAGUUCUCAAGGUUCUCUUGAAAGAACGUGUUGAUGUGAAUCUAAGGGAUUAUAAAGGUGCUACACCACUACACAGAGCUAAGGAUAAACCAACUAUUAGGCUGCUGCUUGAAAAUGGUGCUAAGCUAAAUGCUAUUGAUGGUGAAGGGAACACGCCCCUCCAUGUGAAGUGCUAUGGGGAAGGAGGACAACCAACACAGAUGGACUGUAUACAACAACUGUUAUCAGAGAACAUCAACUUGGUCCAUCGCAAUCACAAGGAAUUGAUGGCCAUCCACUGCUGCGCCAUGCAGGGGAGGAAGGACGCCAUACAGGUACUCCUUGACCUAGACGCUACCAAAGAGGGCGCCAUACGAGCGAGCCUGGAGAAGGAAGACCCCAAGUCGCCUCCGUCUCUGCCUCACCUCUCCCUGGCCAAUGAUUUCCUGGAGUGCGGGGAGUGGCUGAUCGAUCAAGGUUUCACCUUCAAAGAACAUGAGCAGGAUAUACUUGUCCACAGGUUACUGACAGAGCAGAUUAAAAGUAAGCAGCGUCUGGACAUCAUGCGGUUUCUCUUCAAGCAUGGAGCGGAUCUAGACCAAAGAUACGCCGGAGGCAACACCCCUUUGCAUUAUGCGGCAGGAAUGAUGCUUCACACAAAGCGUAAAGAACCAGUCCAUUAUGCUGCUGGGAUGACAGGACCAACUGAUAUAUUGGAGCUUCUCAUCGAGUACGGUGCAGACUUAGACUCGGUCAAUGAUGAUAAUUGCACCCCUCUCUUCUUCGCUACCCAGUCCAACAAUUACUUCGCAGCUAGUGUCUUAUUGAAUGGAGGGGCCAACGUGAGGCAUAAGAAUAUCCAAGGUUUGACUGCAUUUGACUGCAUCAUUGACUUUGAUGAGUGGUUAGAAUGUGGGUUCUUUACAGAUGAGGUCAAGGCUAGGCUAAAAGCUCACAGCCUGAAGCACGCCAGGGAUCUGGUACGAGCUAUCACCCAGAAGGUCAGAGGCUCCCACCGCAAGGGGCUCUUUGCCCAGGCAGCCCUCCGCUCGAACGCUCAGAACCAGGGGGUCGAUCGUCAGCACCCCCUCUCUGCCUCAUUACCAAUUAGGGGGGCGUUGAAGGGGAAUCUCAAUAAUAGCAAUAUGAAGCUCGGACAGGGUACCAUACUGCCCCCUCUCAAGGCAAGGACUUUCAUGAAGAACUAACAAUAAGUUAUAAUAAUAAUAUUAUUUGUUUUCAGUUCUCGCAUUCAUGUAACGAGGGGCGUGGGAACGAUUUCGGGGGGUGCUGGUUUGUAGAAAAUAGGGGUGAUUCUUUCCAAACGUCUUCUCUUAAAUAAAACGAUUAUGUGAAUCUCAUUUUUGAGAUGAUAUUGUAAACGAAGCCUAAUGUGCAUACCAACCAAAAUAUCACCCCAGAAUACCCCAGCACCCCGCUUUCCAGGGUUGUACAUGUAGCACAAUACAUGUAACAUCUCCAGGCCCUUCUAGUGGGACUAGGAGAGAAUUACCCUGGCUUUAGCCGGGCGAGCCUUUUACAGCGCACAAGCAUUUCAAGGAAUUAAUUCCUGCCAGGUACCCAUGUACCUCACCUGGGUCGAGUGCAGGACAGUGUGGAUCAAUUUCUUGCAGAAGGAAAGUACACCAUGGCUUUACCAAGUAAUCUGUAUCAUCGUGUCAUCCCAAACCUUAUUUAUUUAAGCCACUGUUGUAAAGUCAAGCAUUUCCCUGACUUGGAUGAUAUCGUAGGGAAAGUUACAUCCAAAGAAAGUAAAUAUUAAUGGAGAUCAUUUUCUAUUGAAAAAUGGCAAGUACAUGUACAUGGUUAUCACUUUGAAAAAGAUUUAAGGGUGUCUAUUCACCUUUAAUAUUCAACCUUUCUUUUGAAUAUUCUUGGAUUCUUUUGAGUUUUCAUGAAUUUUUCACAACUUGAUGCACAACUGGAACAUGUUUAUGCCACUUAUUUGGUGGUAAGUCAUUAUUCUCAGUCAUUUUAAUUCCUAUAGAAUGAAUGAGAAAUGACCAAGUUCUUAUAUUCAUUUAAAUAUUUGCUAUUUUAAAGGUGCAUGCAUGUCUUUCGUAUCUAAUGUAUUUUUCUGAUUUAUUUACUUUAUAUGAAAGAACAAAAACCUAUUUUGCUUGUUAUAUGCAAUAUUGAUGAUAACAAUAAUUACCAAUUUUUGUAAAGCGCCCAUCACAUCAGAAAACAAUCCUAUGUGCUUCCAAAGAACUUUGAUCAGGGCUGUGAGCGUUCAGAUUUUUAUCUGAUUUCAGAUUUUUUUGUUAUGAUUUUCAGCAUAAUUUCAGCUUACUUUUGGCUUUCCUGUGUACAAGAAGUAUGGGAGCUCUUUUUAUUUCAGACUUUUUCAACACUCCAGCUUUUUUCAGAUCUUUUUUUUCUGACCAUUCACACGCCUGUUUGAUAUAAUUUUCCCGGUUUAAGCACACCAUCCUUUUACAAGUACAUAUAAAAAGAGAGAGAUGAUUGAUAUGAUGUGCAUUAAUUUAUUAAUUUGUAUGAUAAUGUAAAUUUAUUUUUUCUACCAUUCUAUUGUACAGCUGUACAUAUUGUACAAAAAAAGUAAAUAUUUGGCUUUUGUGCUAAAUAAAUGAAAUCAUGAAAA